UGGACUUACCGCCGGGCGCUCCACUCCACCCCGCUCAGAGCGACCCGAAGACGCGGGAGCCGCGGACUCUGGGUGGGAUUUCAAAGGCAGAGGAGAGGACCGCUAGGCGAGGUGGAGGGGAGGGGGGCUCGGUGAACUAUGAAGGGCCGGCGGCGGCGGCGCCGAGAGUACUGCAAGUUCACGCUGCUCUUGGUGCUGUACACGCUUCUGCUACUACUUGUCCCCUCCGUACUGGACAGUGGCAGCGAGCAGGACAAGGGCGUCAGGCACUGCCCCGGCCUGCAGCACAGCUUGGGCGUGUGGAGCCUGGAGGCGGCGGCAGCUGGAGAGCGUGAGCAGGGCGCGGAGGUGCGGUCCCGAGCUGAAGAAGUCGCGGGUCGAUCCCCUGGGUCCACAGGCAACCUCAGCUACAUCGGUGAGGCGGUGGCCCAGGAGAAGCAACACAUCUAUGUGCAUGCCACCUGGCGUACCGGCUCGUCCUUUCUGGGCGAACUCUUCAACCAGCACCCGGACGUUUUCUACUUGUACGAGCCUAUGUGGCAUCUGUGGCAGGCGCUGUAUCCGGGCGACGCUGAGAGCCUGCAAGGCGCGCUGAGAGACAUGCUGCGCUCCCUCUUCCGCUGUGACUUCUCCGUGCUGCGGCUGUACGCGCAGCCCGGGGACCCCACAGCGGGAGCACCGGACUCCGCUAACCUCACCACAGCCAUGCUCUUCCGCUGGCGGACCAACAAGGUCAUCUGCUCACCGCCGCUGUGCCCCGCCGCGCCCCGCGCUCGCUCCGAUGUGGGCCUCGUCGAGGACAAAGCCUGCGAAAGUAGCUGCCCGCCCGUGCCUCUCCGCGCCCUGGAGGCCGAGUGCCGCAAGUACCCGGUGGUGGUCAUCAAGGACGUCCGGCUGCUCGACCUGGGUGUACUAGUGCCCCUGCUCCGUGACCCCGGCCUCAACCUGAAGGUGGUGCAACUCUUCCGUGACCCGCGGGCGGUGCACAACUCUCGUCUCAAGUCGAGGCAUGGGCUGCUGCGCGAGAGCAUCCAGGUGCUACGCACGCGCCAGAGGGGGGACCGCUUCCACCGGGUGCUUCUGGCGCAUGGCGUGGGUGCCCGUCCGGGAGGCCAGACCCGAGCGCUGCCCUCCACGCCACGAGCCGAUUUCUUCCUAACCAGCGCGCUGGAGGUGAUCUGUGAGGCCUGGCUACGCGACCUGCUAUUCGCGCGUGGCGCGCCCACUUGGCUGAGGCGUCGCUACCUGAGGCUGCGCUAUGAGGACCUGGUGUGGCAGCCGCAAGCCCAGCUGCGCCGCCUGCUGCGCUUCUCCGGGCUGCGGGCGCUCGCGGCGCUUGAUGCCUUCGCGUUCAACAUGACACGCGGCUCGGCCUACGGCGCCGAUCGGCCUUUCCACUUGUCUGCUCGGGAUGCCCGAGAGGCUGUGUAUGCCUGGCGAGAGCGUCUGAGCCAAGAGCAAGUGCGCCAGGUGGAGGCCGCCUGCGCCCCCGCUAUGCGACUGCUGGCCUACCCUCGCAGCAGAGACAAGGGCGAUGUGGAGACCGUUGGGGAAGGGGAGACACCCCUGAAGACCAAGGCCAACUGGGCCACAUAACACCCUGAUCCUGAACCCUGCCCCGGGGCUGAUCCAGAGCCACAAUGAAGAGAUGCUGGCACUCCCACAUUUUGAGAAUUAUCUUACCAUUGCCUCUAAGAGUCCCUUACAACAAAACAACUUAAUGGCUCCAUUGUCAACACUAUCAGUCAUUUCCUUUUUCCUUGGCUCAGUAUUUCACUGAUUUGAAGUGCAAUCAGGAAGGUCAAGAAAGCUUAACCUGGGCUAUCAGAUAAGCCUCAGAUGUUAGUGUCAUUUACAGUGUGGUUCCCAGUUGAGUAGCUAAGAGAAGCCUCCACCAGAAGUCAUGUCCAUUGAAAAGGAGACUACCACAUGUGCCAGCCCAUUUGCUCUGGAAGUGGUCCUGGAGGAAGGCUGUGACAAUAAGCUGGGAAAUAUUAACAUAGCCAUGAGGAUUGAACUUGCUGAAUACCGGGAAAUCUCAGCUCUCAGCCCAAGUGCUAAGUGCCAACUCUUAUUUUGAGCAUCUGUUAAGUAGCUUUGGGUAGUCUCUCUCCAUGGUUCCUCACCUGGCAUGAGUAGGUGAAGAAGAACAGGAUAAAGAAGUAUCUUCAGCACAUAACCUCCACUCUCCAGGCAAGACCAGAAAAUUUGAAAGGAAGGGAGGCAGGUCAAAAGUUCUAAGCAUCUGUAGGAGCAUGGAGAUGGAGAUCUACUUGGCAGGACUGUGGCUCCUUGUCUGACCUGAAAGGGACAGAAAGGCCAUAGAGAAAGAUGGAGCAGCAAGUUCAGUUGUUUGAGCCUCUGUUCUCAAACUUGAAAACCAGCGGGACUUUGAUUCUUGCCCCUCCCUGUCCUAGCUUCAAAGGUUGGAAUUGGUACCAUUGAAACACUAAGCCUGCCUUCCUGAGUUAGUCUACUACAGCCAGGAGGGCCUCAGCAGGGCCCAAAACCUGCAGUUCAGGAUACACAAACUGCAGCACACCCAGAAGGAAGUCUCUCUUUGGUGGCACUAAGGCUAUUAGUAGGUCAGCUCAUUGGAAUAUGACUGAUUUUUAAACAAUCCAUUUUAGAAAGUGAAAGCCAAUUUGCCAUUUCAUUGAAUAUUAAGGAGUGACCUCACACGUCAAUGCCAUGUAUUAAAACCAAUCCUCUUAAUAUGUACUUCUCAAAACAAUGAAAUGUAGAAACCUCUUUGAUUUUUUUUACACUAGUUGCUCUGUCUUUUAUUAAUGGUUCUUAUUCUGUUACCAUAGAAGCUAGAUUUCUAAUAGUUUAAACCUAUGCACUGAACUGACUUUUUGGAACCCAUUCCCUGUGGUGGGAUACCUUGC